UGUUUUUUUAGAAAUAUAAAUUUUAUACAUAAAAUACCAUGGAGUUUGAUCAAAGUGAUAAUGACGAAGAAGAUUUUGCAAGUUUUAUUUCAGAAAAGAAAAAAAAAGAAAGUCUAGAACGGAAGAGAAAAUCUAAAGGUGGUCCUAUAUUUCGUAGUGAUAAAAAAGGAGAUACUCAUACUCCGAUUGGCUUAAAGCAAAAGCAUGUGCAUGGUGUUGUUGGACCAGCAGACUAUAUGUUUGAUCAAACUAGUCCAAAUAGUGAGGUUUCAACUCCAAACUCAAUCUCUAGCCCUAGUCUUACAAGUACACAAUUACAAAACACACCCUUAAGUACUGCAACGAGUAUACAGCAGCGUUCAAGUCAAUGGAAUACACCACAACUUAACCAAUUCACUUCAACAACAAACUAUCAACAAGUUUAUUCUCCAACAGUUACCAACAGCUCAUCUCAACAACCAACUAUUUCUUUUUCUAAUAAUUUUUUGGCUCAACAAGUGCUUCCAAACAGAAUAGAUAGACCACAUUCAGCUGCUGCAGUUUUGACAACAAAUGAUAAUGCAUUACCUUCAUCUCCUUUACCAUUUAAACAAUCUUUUAAGUCAUCUAAUUGUAAUGAUGUAUCACCACAAAAAGUAACCUUAUUAUCUCAGGCUAUUUCAAGUAACAUUCAACUACCAGCAACACCAACACUUGCAUUCCAAAGAAAUCAAUCUUACUCAAAUGCUAUAUCUGUUCAGGGAGCAAAAACACAACCUGAUAAUGAAACAAAUGGUUUUAAUGCAAACUUUGAAAUGGUUCAAGAGUUAAGUACAGAGCAUAAAAGAUCAUCUCCAGAGAAUACUUCAACACUUCAAUCUGUGGGACUUUCUACUGAAUUAUGGAAUUCAUCAUCUGUUCAAAAUGAAUGUUCAGUAGAAGCAGAGUGGGCUAAUUUUCCAGGCCCUGCUUCUUCUCAAAAUGAAUUAAAUGACAAUGAAUCAAAUAGCUCAGCAUCUAGAAUGAAUGAAGAUGCUGAGAGCAUACCUGGAAGUGAGAGUAGUUUAGAUAGUGAGAUUGAUGAUACUGCUUGGCAAAUAAAUGAUGAGCAGCGUGAAUAUUAUACUAACCAAUUUAUAAAUUUAAAUCCAGAAAAUGGGUUUGUGAAAGGACCACUAGCUCGUGAGUUUUUCUUGAAAUCAAAUUUACCUACUGAAACAUUAUCAAAAAUUUGGAAUUUGUCUGAUUUGGAUAAAGACUAUGCACUUAACUUGGAGGAGUUUUGUAUUGCUAUGCACUUGGUAGUAGCAGUUAGACAUGGAAUGGAACUGCCAUCAUUUCUUCCAAUAACUCUUUUACCUAAAAUUGUUGAUGAAGCUAACCCUUUUGAAGCAGAUCUUGGAUCACCUGAUGAUGAAAGUUUUGAGGAUAAUGAAUAUGCCACAAAACAAAAGUGGGGAGACGAGAAGUUUAAUUGUUUAAAUGAAAGUUUAGAAAGUUCAGAGGUUCUUUUAACACAUGUUCAACCAUUGCAUACUUUAUCAGAUAUUAACACAGAAAUGACUUCUGCUCCAAGUUUAGAAAAUAUUGAUUCAGUUGAUGCUGCAUAUUCACCAAAUGUUCGUAAGGGUUCAACCCCUUUUUUUAAAGAUAGUCAAGCUGCAAUUGCAAGACCACGGGCAUCAGGAAAUAAAAAUGUAAACCUAAUGGAUGCAUCUCCAUGGCAACUUUUACCACCUCCAUCAUCAAAAAUAAGUUUAAAAAAAUCUUUAAAUUUAGAUAGUAAUGAUGACCUCUCUAACUUUGAGAAAAAUGCUUCUCUUGUUAGUAUUGAUAGAUCAGGGGAUGCAUUAGAUAAAAUUGAAAUGUCAGAUUGUGCAUUGGAUGGAAUAUCUCCAGUUUCUGACUUUGAUAGUAACAAUGACCAAUUAAAAUUAACAACAAAACAUUCUACCUCAUUGCUAAAGGAAAAAUCUCGUUCUAUUGACAGUUUACGUUCAGAUAUUUCUGAAAGCAAUGAAAAUCAAUAUAAAAAACCAGUUGUUCGAAUGGAAAAAAGACGUUCUCUUACAUUUGAUAAAGUGUCUUGCUCAUCAGAAACCUCUCUUCAUGAAAAAAUGAAAGAUUUUGAACUUCCUCCUGUUCCUCCACCAAGAAAUAGAGGACAUGUUCGUGCAAGUUCCUUAGAUAUAAAUCAUCUUUUAAACUCAAAAACCAUUUCUGUACCAGAUAUGUUAAAAGAACUUUCAGAAGAGGAUAAUCCUAAUGCAAGAAUAAAACCUGCCAAGCCACCCAGAAUUAGCAAGCCAUUAAAUGCUAAUAUAGAGCAAGGUUUAUUAACAUCUCCAACUCAUUUAAAACAUCAGUCUAAAUUGAAUCAGAGAACACUCUCUGUAGAUUCUGAGUUCACUUUACAUCCUAGAUCAAUAACGUCGGAAGAAAUAUUGAAACAGGAAGUUGCGGAAAAACAGGUAUCUUGUAAAGAAGAAAAAGUUAACAAACCAAAACCGAAAGUUCAGUUUGCUGAUAAUGUCUUAGAUGAUCCAUCUCAUAGCACAAUUGAAGUUCAAAUGAGAAGAAAUGAGUUGCAAGCUCGUUUGUUACUACUGCAAAGUAAAAACUCUACUCUGCUAAGCUUAAACAAAGAAUUAAAUAUGGAAUGGAAAGAACUUUGUGAGAAAAGAAUAACAUAUGAAAGUCAACUUCAGAAAUUGUUACAAAAAACUCACACGACCUAGUCAUUUUAUGUAAACAUUCAAAUAGUUUGAACUGCAAGUAUUUAUGGGUUGUCCAGUAUCAAAAAUACUUCCACUAAAAAAGGAUGACAGCCAUCAAACGAAAAUAUUUACUAUAUAUGAAAGUGUUUCAUAUGGAAGGAAAAAUGGUAUAUGUAGUUACAUGGAAUAGACUGAUGCAAUAUUAGCAACUUUAACAUUGUAUGAAAAUCUAAAAUCUCUUUAUGUUGUCUAAGUGGUAAACCUAAAGUUUUAUGAUCUUAGGACAAAUUUUGUGCAAGAUAGUAUGUUAAUAUAUUUUCAAUAAUUUUAUGAAUAUUUUAAUCAUAUACUUUGUGCUUUAAUUUUUGUUUCUAGUUUUUCCAUUUAAUUGUUUGUACUUGUUUUUAUUUCAAAGCUAAAAAGUCAGUUUUUGUUGUUUUUUUCCCAAAACUUUUAAUCAUUGAAGAAUUCUUUAAAUUUUUUUUUUUUUCUAUCGGCAUUAUAAAUAACGAAUUGAGAUUGAAAGUGCUUUAUAAUUGUCAUUUUUUUUCUUUACUAUUUCUCAAGAUAAGGUUGUUAUUUUAUUUUAUUUUUUUUUUUAUAAUUUUUUUUUAAAUGAUUUUGCAAAGUUUCAUCUAAUUUUAAACUACAUAGUAGGCCAUGUUUUUUUCUUUAUGGUUACCAUGGUUUUAUAUAAGUUAUUUGUUAAAGAACAGUGAACUGUUCAAAUGGUAUCAAUGUUUUUUUUUUUUUCUUCAGAGUUUAAAACAGAUAUUUUAUUUUUUGUAUAUUUUAGUUUGAUGCUUGAGUGUAUGAUAAUUUAUAACUUUUAUGUACAAAAGAAAGUGUGUCAAACUUGAUUAUGUAAAUAGUUGCUAUUUUUUAUCA